AUGUUCAAGUUUGUCCUCAUUGCUGCUAUCGCCAUUACAAGCGCGUUUGCUUACAGCGACCCUAGAGAUGUACACGCUGAGACUUUGAAAUAUCAGAGCGAUGUUAAGGAAGAUGGCAGCUACCAAUACUUGUACGAAACAUCUAAUGGUAUUGCUGCACAAGAAGCUGGUGUUGGUGGCUAUUAUGCCAAUGGUGGAUUCGGAUACGUUUCACCUGAAGGCGAACACAUUCAAUUAUCUUAUAAGGCUGAUGAAAAUGGUUUCCAACCACAAGGUGAUCACUUGCCCACACCACCGCCAAUUCCAUAUCAAAUCUUAAAAUCAUUGGAAUACAUUCGCACCCAUUCCGAAUAUGAUGUUCCACAACAACAAUAUCAUGUUCCAGUACGACAACAUCAAAACCAAUACAGAGCACCACAGAAGGCACAAUUUGGACGUCAAAGACAUUUCUAA